CUGUCGAGCCUCUGCCCCAUUCCACCUUCAGCCAUUUUAACGAUGCUGGGAGCUGUGGGACGCUGCUGCACCGGGGCUUUGCAAGCUCUCAAGCCCGGGGUGACCCCCCUGAAGGCUCUCAACGGAGCUCCAGCAGCGCUGUUUUCUCGCAGGGAUUAUGCCGCUCCUGCCGCAGCUGCUGCCGCCGCCAGCGGGCGUAUCGUUGCGGUCAUCGGUGCCGUUGUGGACGUACAGUUCGACGAGGAUCUGCCCCCUAUUCUCAAUGCCCUGGAAGUGGCCGGCCGUGACACCAGGCUAGUCCUGGAGGUGGCUCAGCAUCUCGGUGAGAACACCGUCCGCACCAUUGCUAUGGACGGUACCGAGGGGCUGGUGCGCGGUCAGAAGGUUCUUGACACCGGUGCCCCCAUCAGAAUCCCUGUGGGACCUGAGACACUUGGCAGGAUCAUGAAUGUCAUCGGCGAGCCUAUUGACGAGAGAGGACCAAUUACCACAAAACUGACUGCCGCCAUCCAUGCGGAGGCCCCAGAAUUCACAGACAUGAGUGUCGAGCAGGAGAUUCUGGUCACAGGAAUCAAGGUCGUAGAUCUGCUGGCACCCUAUGCCAAGGGUGGCAAGAUCGGUAUGUGUGUGGAUAUACUACUGUUAAAAAAGAUUGGGCUCAGAAUACUGAGAAAAUGUAUCAUGGAGUUCUUUUCAACAUUUGAUAAGUGUUUGGCACCAAAUCAGCAUAUUAGAAUGAUUUCUGAAGGAUCAUGUGUCACUGAAGACUGGAGUCAAAUUCAGCUUUGCCAUCACAGAAAUGGAUAUAGAUUUAAAGUGGAAAAGUUAAGUUAUAGUAUUAUUUCAAAGUAUUACGUGUCUGCCCUGCUGGGCCGUAUCCCCUCUGCUGUGGGUUAUCAGCCAACUCUGGCCACUGACAUGGGUACCAUGCAGGAAAGAAUCACCACAACCAAGAAGGGUUCAAUCACAUCUGUGCAGGCCAUCUAUGUGCCUGCUGAUGACUUGACUGAUCCUGCCCCUGCCACAACUUUUGCUCACUUGGAUGCAACCACUGUGUUGUCCCGUGCCAUUGCUGAGCUGGGCAUCUACCCCGCUGUGGACCCACUGGACUCCACCUCCCGUAUCAUGGACCCCAAUAUUGUGGGAUCUGAGCAUUAUGACAUAGCCCGUGGCGUCCAGAAGAUCCUCCAGGACUACAAGUCCCUGCAGGAUAUCAUUGCUAUUCUGGGUAUGGAUGAGUUGUCGGAGGAGGACAAGCUGACUGUGGCUCGUGCACGUAAGAUCCAGAGGUUCCUGUCCCAGCCCUUCCAAGUCGCUGAGGUCUUCACUGGACACUUGGGCAAGCUGGUGCCCCUGAAAGACACCAUCAAGGGCUUCAAGGCCAUUCUGGAUGGUGAGUAUGACGCUUUGCCCGAGCAGGCCUUCUACAUGGUGGGCCCCAUCGAGGAGGUCGUCCAGAAGGCAGAGAAACUGGCUGAGGAGCAUUCGUAAAUGAGUUGGUUUAAAUGUGUCAGGGCGGGUUGAAUGAAAUGGCACUUGGUUUGUAACGUCACAUUCAAAAACAAAUUGUAUCUUUAUCGCUGGUCAUUCUGAGGUUCUAUUUAAUGUUUCCAAUUCGUGAAGAUGGAAAUAAAACUGUCUUACCGUGAACUGUU